AUGACCCCUAGAUAUAAGAUGAAUAAUCCAGACGAUUAUGACAAACUUGUGUGUGCGGAAAUUCCCGACCCAAUAAGGUUUCCUGAAAUGCAUGAUCUUGUCAAAAGUCACAUGAUGCACGGUCCCUGUGGUAGCUUACGAGAAAAAAGUCCGUGUAUGCAGGGUGUGCCAAAAAUAUGUCGUUUCAGAUAUCCUAGGCAAUUCAAUGAAAAUACAUCACAAGGAGAGGACUCAUAUCCAUUAUAUAGAAGGAUAAAUAAUGGAAUUGAGGUUACUGUAAGAAAUACAUCAUUGGAUAACAGAUGGAUGGCUCCAUACAACCUGAAGUUGUUAAUGAUGUUUAAUUGUCAUAUCAACGUUGAGGUUUGUUCGAGUAUAAAGUCUGUGAAGUACCUCUUCAAAUAUGUUUAUAAGGGCCAUGACAAACAAGUUAUCCAUAUUGAUAAAGACCAAGAAAAUGUUGUUAUUAAUGAGAUAAAAAAGUUUCAAGACACACGUUAUGUGUCCCCUCCUGAGGCAUUAUGGCGAGUUUUUAGCUUUCCUCUUUCAAAAAUCCACCCUUGUGUGAUGGCCUUGCAAAUACAUCUCCCGAAUCAACAGUUGGUUAGGUUCAACGACGGUGACAGAAUGGAAGACAUUGUUGAUAGGGAGAAAGAAAAAGAUUCAAUGUUGACGACAUUUUUCAAGAAGAAUAAAGAAGAUUCAAAAGCGAGAGAAUAUUUGUAUAAGGAUUUUCCCAAACAUUUUACAUGGAAUCGGAGCAACCAUUCUGAAGGAGAGAGAUACUACCUACGCCUGCUUUUGUGUCAUAUCACCGGGCCUACCUGUUUUGAAGAUUUAUACACAGCCAAUGGUGUAUUACACCCUACAUUUCGAAAAACAGCUCUUGAAAGAGGUUUAAUAGAGACGGAUGAUAAUUUAUCACAGUGUCUUGAAGAGGCUUCCUUAUUUCAAUUUCCCAGCACACUUAGAAGGUUAUUUGCGACGAUGCUGAUUUUUUGUGAACCAGGAAAUGUUCGCAAGUUAUGGGAUGACCACUAUGAUUCUCUUUCCGAAGAUUAUAGGAAACAAUAUAGAUGUGCCGAGCGAGUGCAAAAUAUGGUCCUCAUCGACAUUAGAGUCUUCCUAGAAUCUAUGAGUAAAAAGCUUAGUGAUUACGACCUUCCAAAUGUCAGUGCACACAUUGAUUUACAAUCAAGAGGCUAUCGUGAGGUGCAAGAAGAAUACUUUAUAAAUGUGGAAUAUGAAGACUUACAUGCGCGGGACUCUCUCAAUCCAGACCAGAAGUUUGCAUAUGAUGAGAUAAUGAGGCAUGUGGAUCAAAAUAUUCCGGGUGUCUUCUUCAUAGAUGGUCCCGGUGGAACUGGAAAGACAUUUUUGUACAAAGCUUUGUUGGCCAAUAUUCGUGCCCGUGGUCUUAUUGCACUUGCAACUGCCACGUCAGGUGUUGCGGCUAACAACAUGCCAGGAGGGAGAACAACUCAUUCACGAUUUGGAAUUCCCCUCAAUCUUGAUAAUGACUCGAUGAGCAAGAUCACUAAACAAAGUGGGAAGGAUCAGAUACUUCGCGAGGCAAAGGUAAUCAUAUGGGAUGAAGCAGUAAUGGCUAAGAGGCAGGCAGUAAAAGAAGUUGAUCGGACAAUGCAAGACAUCACAGAUGAGAAGCUCCCUUUUGGUGGAAAGAUAAUGGUUAUGGGAGUGGACGCUCUGAUUUAUGCAAUAUUUCCUUCUUUGCAAUCCAACGAUGCCGAUUCAAAAUUUAUCAUUUCGAGGGCGAUAUUGUCAACUAAAAAUGAAUGUGUUGAUGAGAUUAAUAAUAAGUUGAUUGAAUGA